UUGAGUUUGAGAGGCGACACGGCGGCGGCGGCCGCGCUGCUCCCGCUCCUCUGCCUCCCCAUGGAUAUGCACUGCAAAGCAGACCCCUUCUCCGCGAUGCACCCAGGGCACGGGGGUGUGAACCAGCUCGGGGGGGUGUUUGUGAACGGCCGGCCCCUGCCCGACGUGGUGAGGCAGCGCAUCGUGGAGCUGGCCCACCAGGGUGUGCGGCCCUGCGACAUAUCCCGGCAGCUGCGGGUCAGCCACGGCUGUGUCAGCAAAAUCCUGGGCAGGUACUAUGAGACCGGCAGCAUCAAGCCCGGAGUGAUUGGAGGCUCCAAGCCCAAAGUGGCGACGCCCAAAGUGGUGGACAAGAUUGCUGAAUACAAGCGGCAGAACCCAACUAUGUUCGCCUGGGAGAUCCGAGACCGGCUCCUGGCUGAGGGCAUCUGCGACAAUGACACGGUGCCCAGCGUCUCUUCCAUCAACAGGAUCAUCAGGACCAAAGUUCAGCAGCCUUUCCACCCAACGCCGGAUGGGGCCGGGACGGGAGUGACUGCCCCUGGCCACACCAUUGUUCCCAGUACGGCCUCCCCUCCUGUUUCCAGCGCCUCCAAUGAUCCAGUGGGAUCCUACUCCAUCAACGGGAUCCUGGGAAUCCCUCGCUCCAAUGGUGAGAAGAGGAAACGUGACGAAGUCGAGGUAUACACUGAUCCUGCCCACAUUAGAGGAGGUGGAGGUUUGCAUCUGGUCUGGACUUUAAGAGAUGUGUCCGAGGGCUCAGUCCCCAAUGGAGACUCCCAGAGUGGCGUGGACAGUUUGCGGAAGCACUUGCGAGCUGACACCUUCACCCAGCAGCAGCUGGAAGCUUUGGAUCGGGUCUUUGAGCGUCCUUCCUACCCCGACGUCUUCCAGGCAUCAGAGCACAUCAAAUCAGAACAGGGGAAUGAGUACUCCCUCCCAGCCCUGACCCCUGGGCUUGAUGAAGUCAAGUCGAGUCUAUCUGCAUCCACCAACCCCGAGCUGGGCAGCAACGUGUCAGGCACGCAGACAUACCCCGUUGUGACCGGUCGUGACAUGGCGAGCACCACCCUGCCUGGUUACCCCCCUCACGUGCCCCCCACUGGCCAGGGAAGCUACCCCACCUCCACCCUGGCAGGAAUGGUGCCUGGGAGCGAGUUCUCCGGCAACCCGUACAGCCACCCCCAGUACACGGCCUACAACGAGGCUUGGAGAUUCAGCAACCCCGCCUUACUAAUGCCGCCCCCCGGGGCUCCGCCCCUGCCGCUGCUGCCGCUGCCUAUGACCGCCACUAGUUACCGCGGGGACCACAUCAAGCUUCAGGCCGACAGCUUCGGCCUCCACAUCGUCCCCGUCUGACCGCCCACCCCGGAGGGAGGGAGGACCGACGCGACGCGAUGCCUCCCGGCCGCCGCCCCAGCCCCACCCCCAUCCCAGGAGCCCUGCAGCCCUUCACACCACACC